GUAGAGUGCCUGGUCUGCGCGGCCAAGGUUUCGGCCAUGGGCUUGGCUUUGCGCCUGGACAAGAACUCGGCCUGGCAGACGUGGUGGAGUUCGGGCGGGAACAGCGGAGGCGGCGCCUGGCCGGCCAAGGACAAGGCAUGCCGAAGCUGCGGCAAGAAGUUCUGGCGCGAGUGGGACCGGCACCAGCAUGAACGCAUGUGCCAGAGCUACACCCAUGCCCGCUCCCGCGCACCUCGUCCACCGGACAAGAGAAACAAGAAGGCCCAGAGCAUGCGCGUCGAGGGCUACGGCUACGGGUACAGAGGCCAAGAGGCGCUCCAGGUCCUGCUCCAGGACCCGCCGCCAGAGCGGCCAUGGGGCGGACGAGAAGCGCCGCAGGCAUCGCAGAGUGCGAGCAGCGUGGAGACCACGAGCACCGCUGUGAGCGCGAGCAGGCUUCCAGCACUCGCGGAGUUCCGAGCCGCGGCAGCCGAAGCGCUGCAAGCACGGAUC